AUGGCGGACAUCGACGAAGACUCUACAAUCAGAGCGACCCCAGACCCCACAUACACAGACCUCUCCGACGAGACGCAAGACUUCCGCUUCCUAUCCACCCUCUCCCAACCGACAGACCACCCCACCCUCCCCCGCCGCGGCGAGAAAGACUUCGAACACCACGGCACCCUCUCCCAAACCGACACCCUCGUCGCUUCCCGCAAUGCCAUGCACGACGCCCUCUCCGUUUCCCGCACCCACAAUCCGAAAAGCCUCAUCGUCGGCCUCUACGAUCCGAGCGAUGACUCGACGACCAUCGAGCAACCGAAAGGCCCGAAUCUCAGGACGAUGGGGAAGGCGGAUUCGCGGGGCAGGUUGAGCUUGUUGCCGGAGGAGACGCUGUACUUGGUUGAGAGGGGGAGUCUGGAUUUGAGAUGGCGGGGUGAAGAGCUGGAGGGGCUGCCGUUGAGUUUGCAGGCGGCGUACGCGUAUCUACUUGGGAAGCGGGGGUUGACGUUGGAGCGGUACACGGUCUAUGCGGGUUUGAAGAGGAGUGGAUAUGUUGUGCAGAGGGGACCGGCUUGGUAUCCCGAAGACUACGACGGAGACUUUAUCCCGCCGAGGGAGUUGGAAAAGCCGAAGCCACUGGGGCUGUUUGCACACUUCUACAAAUCCCUCUUCGACAAGCCACUCCCGGAUGCAGCUCCUUCGGGACCACUCGUCACACCGGGCUUCUACCGCAGCUACGAUUCCAUCUACCGGCUCAUGACUCUCAUACCUGCCCACGAUCCGGCCGAGCCUACAGACCGUGAAUCCCUCCGCUCUUCAGCCUCGAUGGGCCAUCCGACAUCUCCUACGCACUCCCGCAUCCGCCCUGCCUUCUACGUCUGGAAACCCACUUCCGAGUUCAAGAAGUCUGCCCCUCCGCCUCCUGACUUUCGGAUCGCCGUCAUCAAUGCUCGCGAGGAGAGUUUCCCGGUCCUGGAACAGCUGGACGACUUGCUGCAGAGUGUACCUUACGACCCACCACCACCGGGUAGUGAGGGGCAGACGUAUAGGCGUGUGAAGCAUGGAUGGCGGAAUGUGCUAUUAGCCGUUGUAGACCAGGGGGUUGUGAGUUAUAUGAGGAUUGCGGAUGCAGGGUUUGGGAAAGAGAAGGUUUAUGAGACUAGAGGCAGGGGGCGUGGUGGGAAGAGAGGAGGAUUCCAUGGAAGGGGAAGGGGAGGCGGGAGGGGCAGAGGCAAGGGAAAAUGA